AAAGUGCCCAAAAAGCUCGAGCCCGCUAACGAUAAGAUAAGGAAUUUCAACCAAAGAUAUUUGCUCCAGUUGCGCAUUUUCCAAUAUACCUUCAUCCUCAUCCAACUUCCAUACAUCACGAGAUAUCCAUUUCGAGGGGGCGAGCCAACGCAAGUAGGGAACUCCCUGUUCAUCAACAUCAACAUCCCGACAAGUUCGCUCAUCAUCAACCGCAUUCCAUCAUGUCUAACGAAUCCGCCGCCUGGCCUCUUGCCGACGCAGCUCUUACCCAAGAGCUUCUGGACCUUGUGCAACAGGCAAGCCACUACAGACAAUUGAAGAAGGGAGCCAACGAGGCCACCAAGACACUCAACCGUGGUAUUUCCGAGGUGGUAAUCCUCGCGGCCGAUACCGCUCCUUUGGCCAUCUUGCUUCACCUUCCUCUGCUCGCCGAGGACAAGAACGUGCCAUACGUCUUCGUCCCCAGCAAGAUUGCUUUGGGCCGUGCUACCGGUGUUUCCCGCAGCGUCAUUGCCGCCAGCAUCACCACCAACGAGGCUUCCGAUCUCAUGACCCAGAUCCGAAGCAUCAAGGACAAGAUUGAGCGUCUCAUGAUCUAAGGCAGGUCUCGGUAUACCGGCAAGGAAAGACUCGGCUGGUUGGGAACGGCUUCACCCCGCUCGGCC